AUGUCAGAUCCCUUCAACAAGGACAAUUCAAAGCCUCUUAUGUGGUUUUUUAAGCCAAGUCGCAACCAUCUUAUCUCCGCAUUAGGACGGAGAUGUGUUUUCCUAUGUGUUUGUGUGUGGCAGCAUUUAUAUGUGUGUCUGUCUUUGCUGGAGAACAAUGUAUUUGUGUUUCAGCAAUGGUACACUAGCACAAUGAAUCUCCUGGGCACCUGGCUGACAGACCGUAUGGACCUGCAGUUGCAUGUGUAUCAGCUGAAAAUCCUCAUCAGAAUUAUUAAGAAAAAGUAUCGUGAUUUCCGACUACAAGGUGUGUUGGACUCCACAUUGAACAGCAAGAUGUAUGAGACGGUGAGAAACAGGCUGAUUCUAGAAGAGGCUACAGCAUCUGUAAGAGAGGGAGGGAUGCAAGGCAUAUCCAUGAAGGACAGCGAUGAGGAAGAUGACUAGAUCCUGCUGGAGACAAUUAGGUGUGGACAAUUCGGUUAGACACGUUUAUUGUGGCCUAAAAUGAUGCAUGUUCACCACUGUCCAUCGCUCGUACAUGUCUGGAUGUUAACGUCAUGUUCUAUGACAAAUAAGGGACCAACUUCAAUUCAAAUUAAACUAAAAAAUACAAAUCUCAAUUCAGAUG